GUAAAUCUUUAUUGGAUGAUACUAAGCGUAAUUUAGAAUCUGCUAAAAUGUUAAUUGAUCAAGCUAAUAAGACAAAGGAGAAAUUAGAUAUAAUUGAAGGUGAAAUCAAACCUGUGUUGACUAUGGUUUCUAUGAUUCUUUCUCUGUUUACCGACGGUGCUAGAUCUGCUGUCACAAGUGGUCGUGCUG